AUGUCGUCCUCGAAGCGCAAGAUUGACGACGAUGGUAUGAGCACGGCGCGACGCACCGGCCCAUCUCCUGCUGGAGCCAUGACCGCUUCGUCUUCAACAGCACUGAGCGCUGCUGGUGGAUCGUCCCGUCAAGCUAGCACCCCCCUCGGCCCAACCAAUGCUCACAAUCUUCCAAACGGUCAGGCGCAGAAGAAUCGAGGUGCCGAAACCCAGAGCAAGAGCACGAGCGGUAGACAAAGGCGCUCGGGCGAGAAUUACAAGCCGUACCUCAAGGAGCUUGCUCGUACCGCCGCGUAUCUCGAGAUCCCCAAUGAUGAAGAAGAGCAAGAACGCAAGGACUUAGAGACCGACCUCAAGCGAUGGGCCCUCCACGCCUGGCACCAUGACGGCUUCUGCCCCAGCUGCGACCAGGCGCUGUCUGCCCUCUGCGGGCUUCUGGUCAGGGACGACGGGGUGCGCUCUCCCUGGAACGGGUGCAUCGACCGCAUCAAGCCUGGGAGCAAAGGCGGAUCGUUCUGGCCCAAGCACAAUCGCGCGCUGAUUUGCUGGGCCUGCAACGGGCUGAAGGGAAGCCUGACGAGGGAGGAAGGUCGCGCCAUGGCUCUCAGGCUCAUGGCAGAUGGACCUGAAAACGCUCGGCUCAUCGAUUGUCGUAUCCAGCUUCGUCCCUCUGCCCGGCGCCCUCGCGCUCCUGCGACCGAGGCUUUUGCUCGCGAGCUGAAGGAUUGGGUCGCCAAGGAACACACGCGUCUGCGAGGACAGGCAGAGGACAGCGGCAAGGCUUUCAUGGUGACGGUGGACGAGCUCCGUAUCAUGAUAUUGAGGCAAGUCGUUGGCAAGGGCGACCUCGUUCAGUUGCACUGUGGCGUUUCAGUCGGUCUCAAGCAUAUCUGCUUCAGGAGGAUUGAUGGCAAGGGGGACUUCGUGGGGGGGAACCUGCAGCCGACGCUCUACGGCCUGCACUACUGUGUCAACGACGCAGGCGAUGAGACUCUCUUUUGGCGGUGGAUGAUGGGUCUGGGCUUGCAUUGA